AUGGACCAAUAUAGUAUUCAACAACAAUUACAACAACUACAACAACAGCAAAAUAUCGACAGUGUUUUACUAAAUUGGAAUUAUGGUUCACCACCACAACAACAACAACAACCACAAUAUACACAACAGCAGCAACAGCAACAACAACAGCAACCACUUCCUUUGCAUUUACCUAGUAAUAGUGGUGGUAGUAACAAUGUUAAUUUAAAUAUAAAUAGUAAUAGCAACAAUAAUACCAAUAACAAUAGUAAUAACAACAGUAACAACAACAAUAGUAAUAGUAGUAAUCAGAAUGUGGCAUCAUUCAUUUCACAAUUGAAUCAAAUGCAGCAACAACAACCGGAUUUCAGUUCGAUAUAUAAUCAGGCGGUACCAGUGGUGAGUUCACCACCGCAACUGAGUAGUCCAGUCAUUGUCGGCGACAUUGCAAUGAUGAUUCAACACCAACAAGAACAAUUUAAACAAAAACUAAAUGAGAAUAUCAAUCAAUAUCUCAGCGAUGAUCAAGUUCAAUUCUUGUUCCUACAGGAACAGAAAUCUCUUCUAAAACAAAUCCUAGAGUGUCCAACUACCACCACCACCAAUAACAACUCUACACCACCCGUCAAUUCCUCCACUCCUCCAACCAACUAUAUUCAACAGCAACAACAACAAACUCCGCCUCAACCUCAACCCUAUAUAAAUAAUACCAAUCCGUUUUAUAUUCCAUCACAACAAACUCAACAACAGAGGCAACAGCAACAACAACAGCAACAGCAGCAGAUUACUCAACAACAACAACAAGUAUUAUUACAAAAUCAACAACAGAUACCUCAACAAUCUCAACAACAACAACAGCAGAUUAAUCAACAACAAAUUACUCAACAACCUCAACAACAACAACAACAAAAAUCUCAACAACCUCAACAACAACAACAACAAAAUGUAUCAAAUUUUUCACCACAACCACCAAUGCAAUCACAACAACAACAAUAUAAUCAACAACAGGAGGAUCUAUUUCAAAAACAAAUUAAACUGUUACAAAGUCAAAUACAACAACCAUGUCAGCAGCAACAACAACAUCAACAACAAGUUGACUCUUCACCAGCUAUUUCAUCGUCGACAUCGUCACCUCGAGACGAUCAACCACAUUCCACUAGAAAACCAAGAUCGAGUCAGUCAAGCAAGGAGUACAGGCGAAAGAAGAAAGAUCAUAUUGCAGAGGUAGAGCAAAAGGUCAAGGAACUCCAGUUGGAGAACGAGCGAUUGGCACGUGAGAACAACGUAAUGAAAACAGUUACGGUCUCUGACAUUAUGAAACCCGACGAUUUUCAUGAGAUUCUUCUUGAAGUACAACAACUCCUUGUCAAACUCGCUGAGACCGUCAUAAACAACGAAAAGAAUGAGAGAGCAGUCGAAUCGCUCUUACAAUUCUCAAGUUUCUCCUCACAACUCAGAUCAACCGUUGUCGAAAGAGAAAUCGAAAAAGUUAUUCAUCCAUUUACACAAGGAAAACUUGCUGUUAUGGGUUAUAAAGCAUCGGUGGAAUCAUCUGUUAUAUGUGGAAAACCAAUGCAUCGUCAAGCGAUUGUGGAGUGCGAUUUCAAUCUCAUGAAGAUAUUGACACCGGUCCAACUGGCCAAGCUGAUAGUUCGUCACAACAGUGUGCCGUUCUACGACAUUGCACUGGUCGAUGCCGUCACCAAAGUCUGGACGACACUUCACAACAAGAACCAGAAUAACAAGGAAACAUUGGUACAGAAAUUACUUCCAAACGAAACAGGUAGAUCACAAUUCUUUGAAAGUAUUGUAAAAAACAACCAACAAGCGAAACAACUCAAAGCGGAAACACUUCAAUCCAUAUAUGAAAAUCUCUAUCAAAAUAUGUGUAACACCAGCAGUACACUUAACAAUAACAAUAGCAACAACAAUAAUAAUAAUAACAAAGAACAACAUUCAUCAUCAUCACCACCCUAUGAUGAUUCAGAUUAA